CAGGAAACUCCUUUCAUACACGCUUUUACCCUUGAUCACCUUAAUUUUGCCCACGUUGCCGACAGACAAGCCUGAACCGACGCGCACAUUAGGCCACCUCGACCAGCAAUUGUCUUGCCUUCAUAAUUUUUAAUGCCGUCUUAGACUUAAUGGCGUCGUUUACUAUCCCACGUAACCUGUUGGACAUAGAGAGGGAGAGGGAAGAUGAGCUAUGUGCAUCGCAAGUGCCAAGUAAAGAUCGCAUUGAUCCUAGCGGCGUAGAGACAGCUUAUGAAGAAAGCAUCACCGCGUUGGGAAGCGGCCCGCUCAGCAUUUUAGACCAGGAUGCAUUUGAUGCAACCUACGUUGCGGUCAGGGGCUUGGAGAACCUUGAGCCGAGCAAUGCCAUCACGCUGGCAUUAAAAUUGUGCCAAAAUCUUAACGCGGUGGUGGCAGGACCGCUAAGGGAACUUGUGGCAGAGGGCCGUGAAAAGAGCGACCCUGUGGUCAUCUCCUACCGCAGCGCCAUCCACGUGUACGCCUUCCUAUUGUACUGUCUCCAUGAGCAUGAACACGAGAGGGCUCAGAAGUCCGACGCAGAGGCCAAGGCGGCUGCUCCCAAGAAACGAGGAGGAAAGUCCAAGGCAGCUUCAAACGCUGAGUCGGAUGCAGCCGCCUGGCUGGACACCGUGGACCGCAUCACCAAGGCGCUGAGCCGGACUCUGCAGGCGGACCUGGAUGGCGCGCUGUACCGCUCACCAGCUGACAAGUUCCGCCUGGUGGAAGUCUGCGUGCUCACGGUCAUGCGCUGCCUGGAAGACGCGGUCGUAAAGCAGACGUCUACGUACACGGCAUGCCUGGAAGUCCUGGCCCUCGCAGCGACAAAGCACGCAAACUGCGGUGGCAGCCUUGACGUGGCCGCGGCAGCCCUGUUCGGCCUCGUUACCGAGCACGAGCACGGGCCCAGCGUGGCGGUGGACGCGGCGAACCAUACAAUGAGGGCCCACAAUAGCCCCUCUUUGGCCAAGGCCCUUCUGUCAAAGUUCUGCGAACAAGACCCGGAAGGAUACGACGAGAUUGCUAAGCGCGACACCAAACCCGUCAAGCAAGUUGCGGAGAUGCUCAAACUCCUGGCAACCGCCCUCCCGCACGUAGUGCACACUCAGAUCUGCCAGCUUGAGCCCUUCUUCGGCUGCCAGUCCGCCACCUCAAUUCGCUCCCAUCUGGUGGAGGUCAUGGGGCAGCUCAUGAACUACUACAUGACAGACGAAAUGGACGAGACCGGCGGCCGACUAAAGCAGAUGAGCAGGCUGAACGCAGUCAACACGCUGCUACAGCGAGCGAACGACAUGCACGCGCUCGUCAGGAAGAAUGCACUGAGCACCAUUGAGAAUCUGGUACUCAACAAACACUGGCCCCUGGAGUACGUGGUACGAGCCGCCCAGGUUGCGGUAGCUCGGCUGGACGACUCAGCGCUGGCCGCGGGUGCGGCGCUGAGCCUCCUGUGCAUCUUGGUGGAAAAGUCAGCGCCUAACAAGUUGAACGAUGACUUCCUGCAGCGAAACGCUAACCUCUAUGAGGAGCAGUUGAAGGGCAUGCAACCGGACGUGGUUGAUGGCGACGGCGAGGAUGUCGGGCCGCAGUGGGAGGCGGGCACCUUGGGCGGCAACCAGGAUGAGCAGGUGGCAGACGCCCCUCCGGUUGAGCCAAGCCAAGCCAACAUCAUCCAGCCUACCCAAGUCGAGCAGGGCACAGGCGCGGCCAACGACAACAGCAACGGCCUCACGUACUCGCAGCUCCGCCUUUUAGUGGCUACGCUCAAGUCGAUGCUGGAGCUGUCGCGAACGCUGGCGGCAGCACUGCCGGAGGUGGAGGCGCUGCUUGCGGCCGAAAGCGCAGACGUGGUUCAAAAAGCGAUCAAGCUGCUCACGUUGUGCAGCGCGAAAGACCUGCAGGGCGCCAAGGAGUCCUGGCGCCGGGUGUGGCACAUGGUGUUUUCCUCGUCCGAGAAGGUCCAACAGACCGUUCUUGAUGCCUUCUUCAAUUUCCUGGGGCCGGGGGAAAACGUCCCUCCGAGUCAUCUCUCCAGCAUGGUCGGCAGGCUGGCCAACAUGGUGGACGACAUUGCGCUGUGCGAUCAGCAAGCGCUGGAGGAGCUGAUGCGACUAAGGGUGACUCCGGGCCUGUGCGAUGACGCGCACAGGUUUGGACCCGCCGCGGUGCGGAUACUGCUGGGGAACCUGCAUGCAGCCGUGAGCUCGUCCGCGCUGCUGGAGCAGGAGGGCGGGGCGAAGGCGAUAGAGGCGCGUGGCCUGGCCGGUCGCUUGAGCACGCUCUGCGGCAUGGUUGCCCGGCACGCCCCGGAACUCGUCGUGCAUGACACUGAAAAGCUGGUGUUGGACCUCAAGCGCAGCCAUAUUGUGCUGAAGGACGCCCUCCUUGUCCGCAACCUGGCACUUAUCCUUGGAGACCUCUCCACGUCGCUGCAUGCCGCGCAAAGGGACCGCUCAGGAAGCGGCAUCUACCAGCCCGCUAGCCACAUACCCAGCGCCCUGGCCAACCUGCUAAGCGUGCUGGUCAGCAGCCACUUGCCGGAGCGCGGAGGCGCCUGGCCGCCUGCGGCGCAGGCUUGUAUUGCAGCGCUGUACCGACUGCACCCCGAGCCGCACAAGCUGCUGCAGCCGCUGCUGCAGCACCUCGCUUCAGAGUUGGGUACCGGCAGUUGCUCGGCGGCACAGAUUACGCGCACGUUGUUCAUAGUGGGCUGUGUCGCAACACAGCAGCUGGCGCUUGUGGACACGCUGACCAAGACUGUCCGGCGUGAGCGGAAUGCACGUGAGAAGGCCAACUUGGAAGCCGGGAGGGCCGAUGCCGCGGCCGACGAUGUGGGCUCGCAGCUCGGAACCGGCCAAGCACGUGAACACAUGCUCGAUGCGCUCCAAGAGGAGCUUGAGGCCAAGCUGAUGGCCAGUGAUAGCUUGGUGGGCACCUGGGGAAAGCUGGUUUCUGGGCUGUGCCACGACCCGACCCUGCUAGGCGCACAUGCCGACCUCGCAUCAGCAGCCAUGACGACACUGGCUAAGCUUAUGGCACUGGACGCAAGCUACUGCGAGGCCAACUGCCCCGUCUUCUUCACGCGCCUCACGUGCGGAAGUCGCGUGCAGCUGGCACCGGGUGUGAGGUGCAGCAUGCUGGUGGCACUGGGGGACCUGAGCCGCCGCCACCCGAACAUCAUGGAGCCCUGGACCGAGCGCAUGUUCGUGUGCCUCAACGACGAGAACGAGGAGGUGUCCACGACGUGCUUACGCAUCCUGGCGCACCUCAUCCUCAGCGACAUGACCAAGCCCAAGGGACACAUGGCCCAGGUGGCGCGCUGUCUGGUGGCGCGCAGCGAGGCCGUGCGGGAGCUGGCGGUUCGCCUCUUCAAUUCACUAUCCAGCAAGCAGGCCAAGGGCGGCGCCAACAAGGUGUACCAGUACCUGCCUGAGAUCAUCUCCGCGGUGACGCGUGGUGAGCCCAUGGCGGAGCAGGACUUCAAGGCCAUGAUGCAGCGCCUGCUAAGCUACAUCAAGGUUGACAAGCUCGCGGAUUCGCUGAAGGGCCGUCUCUGCGAGCGCUUCGAGAACGUGGUCUGCGAGUUUGCAAGCGGCGCUGGCGAUGCCGCCUCUGAGGCAUCUGGCGGCUCCGCCGCCGCUGCGGUAGCGCCGCCCGCGCCCACAGCCGCACCCAGCGCCGCCAGCUACGAAACUGUCGUACGGGAGUGGCGCAGCUUGGCAGACUGCCUGGCCCUCUUGCCGUACAGCGAGAAGGGGCUGCGUAACAGCAUGGAAAGGCUACGCUGCUACAAGCACGCCCUGGGCGACGAGCACGUAUACAAAGUGUUCAAGGGCAUGGCGGAACACGGGCGGAAGGGCAACCGCACAGCCGAGCUCAAGCAGGACAUUGCCGAGUACGAGGCUCGCUUGGACGAGGCGCACCAAUCGCUGCGUGAGGAGCAGUUGCAGCAGGCAGCUGCAGCGGCCAAGGCUGCAGCCGAGGCCGCAGCCCAAGUGGUAGCGGUGAAGGCCGAGGCUGAGGACAUGAAGCCAGCAGCAUGCGCAGAAGCACAGGAGGAGGAGGAGCAAUCGAUGGGCGAGAUCCAGCGGCAAGAGCAGCAAGACGAGCAGCAGCCAGGAAGCGCCGGAGACGAGGAUAUGAUGGAUGCCGACAUGGAGGGUGGCAGCAAGGCCAGUGAAGCCGAGAACGGCAACAAACAACCGGAAGGGGACUUCCUCACUGCGGAUCCGGACCAGGAGGAAGAAGGAGAUGCGGAGGAGGUUGCCGAAGGAGGGGAUGGAGAAGGGGCUGAGGAGGAGGCCUAUGAGGACGCGGCAGCGGAGGAAGGCGCCGAGGGCGAGUACAAGGAUGCAGCGGCAGCGGAGGAUGAGGAAGGAGGUGCGGAGGAGGAAUACGAAGACGCGGCAGCGGAGGAUGGAGGUACAGAGGAGGAGUUUGAGGAUGCGGCGGCGGCAGAGGAGGGCGCGCAUGAGGACUACGAGGACGCAGCCAGCACGCAAGAGGGUAGCGCUGAUGGCGAUGACGCUGGCGGCGAUGACAACGAUGAGGAGUAUGAAGACGGCCGAGAGGUCAGUGAGGACGGCGACGGUGAUGACGCCAGCCCCAUGGACAUGGACAUGGACUGGGAGGAGGAGGAGGAGGAAGAC